AUGGCGUACGCACACGCCUCGCACAAAGCAACGCACUUCGUGGAGCAAACACUCCAACUUAUAGACAAGCUGUUUGCCCGAUUCUGGGCCGAGCUGGAGAGGCGUGCGCAACCCACACAGCGACUAAAACAAGAAACCCAGAAGGGCCUAGGCCCAGAAAUUGAUGGCCAUCAAACAGGCGCAAAACAUACUCAGCAAGCUGCCAAACCCAAGACCAGCCCGCACAAGUUGAGGGCCACAGGGGCACCUACCCCACAGCGGACGCACGUGGACAGAGAACAAUCCGCAACAAGCGAUGAACACGCAACAGAACCCUCCGCCGCCCUCUUGGCGAGCAGGUGUUGGACCAUCUGGGAUCUAGAGCCCGGGGUUCGAAGAAGCUGGCCCUCAAACCAGCCCGGGGCCAAAGGGACCCCGGAGAAGCCAUCAGCCCGCAGUAAGUACCUAUCAUGGGUAUCGGCUAAAGCAAACACCAGACUGAUUACCUGA